AAGUAGGACUUGAGCUUUUCUCUAUAUCGAAAUCGAAAGUUGCAGACUUGCAGAGACUAUCUUGUUCACUACAUUCUCAGGGCAGAACAAGAAUGGUUUGGUUUCAGUGUGAGGACUGCGGCGAGAACUUGAAGAAGCCGAAGUUGACGAAUCAUUUCAGGAUCUGCUCUGCUACCAAGUUAUCCUGCAUAGAUUGCGGAGAGACAUUUGGGCAACAGAGUGUUCAAGGUCACAAUCAGUGCAUUACAGAAGCGGAGAAAUAUGGUCCGAAAGGGCAAGUAAAAGCUUCAUCUAUUACACCAGCUAAGCCAACCAGUGACUCAAAGCCAAAACCUGAUUUUGACGUAAAUGUGGGGUUAUCUUCUCGUCCCCCCUGGUUUUGUAGCCUGUGUAAUGCCAGUGCUACAAGUAAGCAAACCUUGCUUCUGCAUGCAGAAGGAAAGAAACACAGGGGAAAAGCCCGCGCUUUCCACAAUAGUAAGCAACGACCAAAACAGAUGGAAGAAUCUGAUCCUAGUCUCAAGGAAUCGACCUGUGACCCCCAGAAGGAAGAAUUACUUGCCAGGAAAGAUGUCGAGCAACAAAAAGUUCAAGAUCCACCAAAAGAUGGUGUUGUGCUUAACUUCUCAGAUGAAAGUCUGUCAUCGAAGAGAAAAAGAAAAUUUGAUGAAUCUGAGAGUGGGAGUGCUAGAGGAAAGCAUGGCACUGAUACUCCAGGAGAUUUGAACAAUGGAGAAGUCAUUCAAGCAAAAAUAUCUGGAGAAGAACCAGAGUGCCAAUUGAAGAAAAGGAAAGCUUCGGUUUUGCCCAAGGAAGAUAAGGUUGAUGUCAGUGGCAGUACUGAAGAAGCUAAAAAGAAGAUAAAGUGGAAGAAGCUGAUUACUUCAGCAUUGAAAUCCAAUUCUGAUGGAAAACUGAAGAUGAAAAAGCUGCAAAAACUAGUAUUCAAAGCCCUCAGGGAAUCUGGUGCCACUGAAGAUGAAGCUGAACUAAAAGGAAUGCUUGUGCAUAAGAUCAAUUCAAGUUCUAGAUUCAUGCUCCAGGACAAACUAGUUCAUUUGGUAGCCAAAAGCUGAAGCUGAUCUUUCUGGCAGUGUAGAACAGAAUAUCUGGCAGCUGUUGCAAUUAGCAGAUGCUUUUACAUACUCCAGACAUUUCAUGCUCAUUUUUGCAGGAAUCAGUUGGCAUGGAUCUUCUUGUGGACUUAUUAUAUCCAUGCGCUAGGAAUCG